CUCAGAAACAUUAUCCAUGCUAGAUACAAUAUCUUCCCAGUACAGGAGCAGGACUAUCUGUCAACCGAGGUCAAUUUGUUGGGGAGGACAAUUUGCAGGUUACAGAAAAUGCUUCUUCUCAUAAGAAUGCAGAUCCUUGCGCUGAUCCUUGGGAUCCUGCUGCUCCCUAAAACAUGUCCAUUGGAAUGUUAUGAAUGCAUACCAGGACCAUCUGGAAGCUGCAAUGAGACAACAAAAGAAUGUCCAUCCAAUACUCAGUGUGGUUCAGUCAGAAUGAUUUCAAAUAUGGGUGGUUCAGAAUUUAAAUUUAUGGGGAGAACUUGUGUUACGCCUGAUCAGUGCUUCAGUGGCUCAGUCAACUUUGGAUUUGCCCAAGUUGUAAUUAACAGCAAGUGUUGCACAUCUGAUCUGUGCAACUCUCAAGAUGUCCCUGAUUGGAGCAUACCCUCGCCAAAUGGGAAAAAAUGCUCGCAAUGUGAUGGAAAUGACUGCACCAAAACUCUAACCUGCAACAGAAAUGAGGACUACUGCAUCUCAGCAGCAGGUAGCAGGCCUAGAACAUUAAGUUUCUUGAAUGCAGGAGGGGAAACUACUAAAGUAAAGGGCUGCGCCUCCAAGAUGAUUUGUUCAAACACACAAACUGCACAGCUCUCAGGAAUCAUUGGAGGAGAAGUCAGCUGCUGCCAGGGUGACCUCUGCAACAGUGAUACAACAACAGCAUCACAGCCCAGCAGCACAACUGCUGGCACAACAACAGCGUCACAGCCCAGUACUACAACUGCUGGCACAACAACAGCAUCAAAGCCCAGCAGCACAACUGCUGGCACAACAACAGCAUCAAAGCCCAGCAGCACAACUGCUGGCACAACAACAGGAUCAAAGCCCAGCAGCACAACUGCUGGCAAAUCAACAAGUACCAUCCUUGUAUGCUUUGUGGCACCACUGAUCGCUUUGGUCUUUUUCUCUUAGCUGAUGAAAAAAAAUAG